AUGGAAGAUCAUUGCAUCGAUUAUCUUCGCCAAGGAAUUCAAUGCUCGGCCGACCUGACCCCACUUGGCUAUGAGUGGAAUGAGGAUUAUCAGGUUCCAUUCCCCUUGUUCAAAGAAAAACAUACAUGCCGAGACUUUGAAAAAAUCAAGUCUUGGGCAAUGGAAAGGGUUCCACUCCAGAGACAGAAACACAGCCAUAGUCAUCCGAUCGGGCAACCGCAAGCUUAG